GACGAGUGCGAUGGUCAGUCUCAAGGUUACAUACACUGAUGAACAACGGAUGGUCAGGUCUCAACAUUGUCGAGUGCAGUGACGCGUGUCUGGCAAAUAGGAUCAUGGAGUCACAGAAAUGCAAAGGAUGGUACAACGGUGACGAUCCUAAUGCAGGGAGACAUUGGGCAAUGCACUGUAAGAGCAGGGGGACGAUGUAUUCACUCGGAAGGGGAGGGAAGAGGGGAGGGGGUGGGAGCGCAAAAGUAACAAUGACACGGACAAUGACAUACAACCAAGAAGAGUUGCGCUGGUGGAGAUCCCGCAGUUAUGCUCGUUCUAAGCCCCGAAGUUAGAAUAAGGCUGAGCCGAGGGUCGGUGUUGAUAAUUAAAAAUAAAAAGUAGUUGAUUAAAUCAACCAAAAUCAAUCAAUAUAUAUAUAUUUUU